AUGGCUACGCUCCACCGCCCCAAGACAAGGGCGCAGACAUCGGCCGAGCAGCUGCGCCUGCUGCACCUGCCCGAUGCCUGCCUGGCGUCGAUAAUGGCGUAUGCCUGCAAUGGGCUGCCCUGGAAAGAGAGGUGCCGGCUGGCAGAGGUGUGCCGCGCCUUCCACGCCCUCUUCAGCGCCUGCGCCUUCUCCCACCGCCCCCUGGUGCUCAACCUCAACACCAUCAGCUGGCGCAUCCUGGAGUCGAAGCGCAAGGCGGCGGCGAGGCGCGAGGCGGUGGCGGCGGUGGCCCGCGUGGCGCGCUCGGCCACCCACCUGGCGCUGCGCUACCAGCUGGACCCGCUGUGCAGCCUGGGGCUGGACGCCCUGCUGGCGCCGCUGGCGCCACACGUGCAGGUGUUGGAGGUGGAGGACGGGCUGUGCCCCCAGCUGCUGCGGGUGCUGGGGGGCGGCGGGUGGGGCGCGCUGCGCGAGGUGGGGCUGUCUGGGUGCAACCUGUGGAUCGACUUGGAGCCCGCUGAGCUGGCGCUGCUGGAGGGCCAGCUGGCCGCCCUGCCCGCCCUCACCGCCAAGAUCACCAAGUUCGAGUGCAGCUGCCAGGGCAUGGCGGAGGGCGGGGAGUCCUUCCGCCACCUCACAGCGCUGCGCUCGCUGGAGCUCGAGGACUGGAUGGCUCUGGACCUGCUGCGCGACUACUCCCCGCUGCGCACGAUGCGCCACCUCACCCGCCUCGUGCUCAGCAUAGUGGAGGACCUGGAGGCAAACCUGCCAGACCUGCGCUCCCUCACACAGGCGCGGCCGCACGUGCGCGAGCUGUCGCUGGUGGGCUGCUACCGCGCGUCCCGCGGCCUGGCGGCCCUCCCCAACCUGGUCAUGCUGGACCUGCAGCCGCUGCAGGGGCUGGACGCGGGGGAGGACGCCGCGGAGCCCAUGGCGGCGGCCGCCUGGAAGGCCAGCACCCUCAGCGAGCUGCGCUGGUGCGGGGACCUGGUGUUUGACGGCGGCGACGCGCCCAUACAGCUGCCGCGCCUGACCGCGCUGGAGAUAGACGAGGCCUACUUCCCCCCCUCCGGCUUCCACACCCAGCUCUGCGCCUCCCUCACCCAGCUCACCUCGCUGCGGCUGGUGGGCGGGCGCUGCGCGCGCCUGCCGCCCGCCAUCAGCCGCCUGGCGCGGCUGCAGGUGCUGGCCGUCGACUCCUGCCAGCUGCCCGCCAUGCCCGUCGCCAUCACCGCGCUCACCGCCGUCACCAACCUCCAGCUGUCCAACACCGGCCUGGCGCCGCACCUGCCCCCCUGGGUCCUCAGCAUGCCCGUGCGCAAGCUGUGGCUGGCCAACAACGCGCUGUCCUGCCUGCUGCCGCCCAAGGCGCCCAAGAUGAGCGCGGCUGCGUACGAGGCGCGCAAGCGGCAGUGGCUGUCGCGCCUCACCCACGUCUGCCUCUCCUCCAACUGCCUGCGCGAGCUGCCCAGCCUGCUGCUGCAGCACGCCGCCUCGCUGCAGGAGCUCGACCUGGCGUACAACCACAGCCUGCAGAUCAGCGCCAAGUGCGCCGACAGCGUGGCGCGGGUGCCCAGCCUGCGCCUGCUGCGCCUGGAGAAGAGCUACUGGCUGCGGCUGGAGGACCGGUGGACAAAGGCCAGCCUGCGCGCCAUCACCCGCCUCAAGCAGCAGCGCCCCGACAUGCAGGUCGACUUCAAGCACGAGACGCCCGGCGGCUUCCGCCUGGCCUGGUAG